GUUCGUCGCUUUCGAUCGCUACAAAGGUCACCGCAGGAGAUCGCUUCGCGAACAUCAACAAUAAUCGCACAAUCGGAAGCGAGUUAUUAGAGUGCUUCGCCCAAGAACGUAAACGAUAAGAGUGCAGAGAUUGGACCAAAGGUGUGCGAUGAUAAUUUGGAUAAAGAAUCGAGCAAAAUCGGUUUAAUGAAUCACUAUUCAACGACGGUUGGCUUGAACCGGCUUAGCGGCUACGGACUGGCGCUGAUGGAUAGCUAUUUACCGAAUUACUCUGCCGACACGUCGCUGUACCGCAGCUUCAGCUCCUCAGGUGGCGACACGAGUCCAUCGUUCACCGGUCGUGAUGGGACCUGCGUCAAUUAUGGGCUGUCUUCUUUCACGGAAAUGGUAAUCGACAGUGAAAAUUUCGUUUCGGUUGUACCUUUACAAGAUGAUUACUAUUUGGAUCAAAGGCUGUUGGAAGUCGAAAAUCAUCAACUUGUUGCUCCCGAUUUAACAAGUGACGUAAAUAAACAGCCCGUUCGAGAGAUCAGUGGCAAAGGUAAGCGGUCGAGUGGCAAUCGACGGAGCGGUAAAGUUGCCAAACCAGAGUGUAAAAAUUCGCUUGAAAAGCCUACUACACCUCCCAGCCCAACCGUUCUGAAAAAGCGACGUUUGGCAGCAAAUGCACGAGAACGCAAACGAAUGAACAGUUUGAAUGUCGCUUUCGAUAGGCUCCGUGAAAUCGUCCCUACACUUGGACCAGAUCACAAACUGUCCAAAUUCGAAACUCUGCAGAUGGCACAAACCUACAUCAAUGCGUUAAGUGAUCUACUGGAAAGAGGAUCAGAUGCCACCACUUAUAGUUUGUUCGAUAGUGGCCCCAUUACGGACAACAGUGAUAGUAACAACAAUAGUAACAACAACAAUCACGAUCGGAACACUGUGGAUGUGAAUUCACAGAGAGUGUAUGAAGUGAAUUUUUUAUAACUACCGCCAGAAAUGCGCGAAAGUUUUGCUGCUCGAAUUGCAAAAUCA